CUGAAAUGACAAUAAAAUUCUUUAGUAAUGAAUUUACAACAUCAAAAGUGGACAGAGCAGAGAUCAACAUCCCAUAAUGCAAUUCACCACCGCAAAUAAGCGGAGAACACUUUAGAAUCGCAAAAUACAGACACUGUUCAUUAACAGAUUUAUUUUACAGUGUAGUUAAUUGAUUAGUGAAUGAAAAGGAGUGAUUUGGAAACAGAUGCAUCUAAGAUUGUAUAAAGUGUUUUUAACAGGGAAACUGGAGAGAAAGAGAGAGAAAGAGGGAUGUUGUGACAGAGGAAGUGAUGUCGUCAGUGCUGCAGUACCUGUGUGUGUAUCAUCAUAACGGAUUAUUCAGAAGAAGAAGAAUCCAGAAGACGAGAGCGAGAGCGAGUAGAGUCCAACAGCUCCACACACAGCCAUGUCGGUCUCUGACAGCAUCUUCUCUGUGCAAGAGGCGUCUACAGACUCCAGUGCUCAGACUCAGAUGAACUCGGCUUUGUACGCUCAGACCAUCAGCUUUACUAAGAGUCCAGAGGUAAUGAUGGGUUAUUUACCGUACUCCUCCUGUCUGAACAACCCAAACACCAACACUGAGCGCUCACUGCAGCAGAGUCCUGCACAUACACAGGAUUUUACUCAGUUUCUGGAGCCUCCGCCAGCGUCUGCACUCCGUCUGUGCGCACAGAAGCGAGGUGUGAGUAAAGACAGCGCUGAGUACAGGCAGCGGCGCGAGAGAAACAACAUCGCCGUGAGGAAGAGUCGAGAUAAAGCUCGCCGCCGCAUCCAGAUGACCCAGCAGAGGGCGCUGCAGCUGCAAGACGAGAACCACCGGCUGCAGGUGCACAUCCAGCGGCUGCUGCAUGAGGUGGAGGCUCUCCGGCAUUACCUGUCCCAGCGCCACCUGCAGGACACACCUGAGGAACACUGCUGAGAACACACACCUGAAGAACUCAUCUAAACCACACACCUGAGGAACACUGCUGAGAACACACACCUGAAGAACUCUUCUAAACCACACACCUGAGGAACACUGCUGAGAACACACACCUGAAGAACUCAUCUAAAACACACACCUGAGGAACACUGCUGAAGAUCAUACCUGAGGAGCACACACCUGAAUAUGCCUGAAGAACACACACCUGUAGAAAACACCUGAGGAACACUGCUGAGAACACACACCUGAAGAACUCAUCUAAAACACACACCUGAGGAACACUGCUGAAGAUCAUACCUGAGGAGCACACACCUGAAUAUGCCUGAAGAACACACACCUGUAGAAAACACCUGAGGAACACUGCUGAGAACACACACCUGAAGAACUCAUCUAAAACACACACCUGAGGAACACUGCUGAAGAUCAUACCUGAGAAACACACCUGGUGAACACACACCUGCCAGAAACACCUGAGGAACACACCUGAGGAACACACACCUAAGGAACUCAUCUGAAACACACACCUGAGGAAAACACCUGAGGAACACUGCUGAGAACACACACCUGAGGAACACUGCUGAGAACACACACCUGGUGAACACACACCUGCCAGAAACACCUGAGGAACACACCUGAGGAACACACACCUUAAGAACUCAUCUGAAACACACCUGAUGAAAACACCUGAGGAACACUGCUGAGAACACACACCUGAAGAACUCAUCUGAAACACACACCUGAGGAACACUGCUGAGAACACACACCUGGUGAACACACACCUGCCAGAAACACCUGAGGAACACACCUGAGGAACACACACCUGAAGAACUCAUCUGAAACACACACCUGAGGAAAACACCUGAGGAACACUGCUGAGAACACACACCUGAAGAACUCAUCUGAAACACACACCUGAGGAACACUGCUAAAUAUCAUACCUGAAGAACACACACCUGCCGGAAACACCUGAGGAACACCGCUGAGAACACACACCUGAAGAACACACACCUGAGGAGCACUGCUGAAGUUUACACCUGAGGAACUCUGCUAAGAACACAAACCUGAAGAACACACACCUGAGGAACACUGCUGAGAGCACACCUGAAGAACACAAACCUGAAGAACACACACCUGCCGGAAACACCUGAGGAACACUGCUGAGAACACACACCUGAAGGACACCCACCUGAAGGACACACACCUGAAGAACACUGCUGAGAGCACACCUGAAGAGCACACCUGAAGAGCACACCUGAAGAGCACACCUGAAGAACACACCUGAGGAACACACCUGAGGAACACACAGGUUUAUGUUCAGAUCAACAUUUAUUACUAUGUUGUUUAGUUUUUUAAGUUAGAGCAUGGCAUAUCCAGCAUGAUCUGCUGCUUUUGUUUCUUCAGAUCAACAUUAGGGCUGCACAGUACUGUGAGCCACAAACAUUAGGAGCCAUCUUGUCAGAUUUUGAUUUCAGAUAUUUCCCAAAUGUUGUUCAACAGAGCGAGGAAAUUAUCACAGUAUUCCCCAUAACAGUUUUCCUAAUUCGUUUCUUUUGUUCAGAUGAAUAAAAGCAGUUAAAAAAAACAAAACUAUUUUAACGUCAAUAUCAUUAGUACCCCUUAAGAUAUUAAGAUAUAUAAAUACACAGCUGAAGUCAGAAUUAUUAGCCCCCCGUUUAUUUUUUUUCCCUAAUUUCUGUUUAACGGAGAGCAGAUUUCUUCAACACAUUUCUAAUCAUAAUAGUGUUAAUAACUCAUCUCUAAUAACUGAUUUAUUUUCUCUUUGUCAUGAUGACAGUAAAUAAUAUUUGACAUAUACAUGCAUACAUAUGGGAGUCACGGUGGCGCAGUGAUUAGCAUGAUGGGUGCACCGGGUGCUCCGGUUUCCCCCACAGUCCAAACACGUGCUAUAGGGGAAUUGAUCAACUUAAUUGGCUGUAGUGUAUGUGUUGGUAUGGGUGUUUCCCAAUGUUGGGUUGCGGCUGGAAGUGCAAUCGCUCUCUAAAACAUAUGCUGGAUAAGUUGGUGGUUCAUUCAGCUGUGGCGACCCCUGAUUAUUAAAGGGACUAAGCCAACGAAAAG